ACCACGCCCACGCAAAUUUCGUCUGAUUGUUCGCGAUGUGGUCGAUUCUGAGCGUGGCUGCGCUCGUGUACGCGGCGGCUGUUUCGGCGGUCAGCACGGCGGGCAAUCGCUUGCUGGUGGUGCUGGACGAUGUUGCUGAGAAGGACUUGUAUAGCCAGUUUCUUGGCGAUCUGACGGCUCGAGGCUACGAUGUUUCAUACGAGACGCCGCGGAGCGAGGGACUGGCGCUCUUCCACCUGGGCGAGAGGAAAUACGACCACCUGUUGUUUCUGCCUUCCAAGGUCAAGGGCCUGGGGCCAAACCUGACGCCCAGCCAUCUCGUCAACUUUGUCAACGCCGACGGAAACAUCCUCGUUGCGCAGACGUCCACUGUGCCCUCGUCCACCUCCAUCGUCGGCCUUCUCUCCGAGCUCGACAUCUCCCUGCCCGUUGAGCGCACCGGCACCGUCAUCGACCACUUCAACUACGACGUUCGCUCCGCUGCCGAAUCCCACGACGUCCUCGUUGUCGAAGGGCCCAUCAACAUUCGCCCCGGCUUGAAGCCGUACUUUGAGAUUGAAGGCGGCGUUGUGGCGUUCCCCCACGCUGUUGGCCAUGUCCUUGGCUCUGGACCUCUGCUCACGCCCGUCGUUCGCGCCUCGGCCACUGCGUACAGCUACAACCCCAAGGAGCAGGCCGAGGUUCUGGAUGCCGAUGACUUGUUCGCUGCCGGCCAGCAACUGUCGCUUCUGUCGGUCUUUGAGGCGCGCAACUCUGCUCGCGUGACGGUUCUGGGAUCUGCCGAGAUGCUGCAGAACAAGUGGUUUGAGGCCGUGGUUGGCAAGCCUGGUGGAAAUAGCUUCAGGACCGAUAACCAGGAGUUUGCGAAGAGAGUAUCGGGCUGGGCGUUCCAAGAGAUUGGUGUGCUGCGAGUGAACAGCAUUGAGCACAAGCUGCAGGACUCUGAUGAGCUGAACCCCGGCAUCUACCGUAUCAAGAACGAUGUGUCUUACAACAUCUCCCUCUCUGAGUGGAGCUGGGACAAAUGGGUUCCCUUCUCCCUUCCUCAGGACGACGUUCUCCAGCUCGAGUUCUCCAUGCUUUCGCCCUUCCACCGCCUCAACUUGGCCCGCACCCGCACCACUGGCGACGCUGCCGUGUAUGGCGUCUCCUUCACCCUCCCCGACCAGCAUGGCAUCUUCAACUUCAAGGUUAACUACAAGCGCCCUUUCCUCACCAACGUUGAAGAGAAGAACACGGUCAGCGUCCGCCACUUUGCGCACGAUGAGUGGCCUCGCAGCUUUGUUAUCUCGGGCGCCUGGCCUUGGAUCUCUGGCAUUGGGGCGACGGUGUCGGGUUUUGUUGGAUUCUGCGCGAUAUGGAUGUACAGCAAGCCUGUUGGCAAGAAGAACUGAAGGGAGCAGAUGAAAAGAAACGAAAGAAACUUUUUUUUUUAAGGAGCACAAAGACUCGAAGCAAGCAAGGAUGUUGUAGAUUUUUUUGACUAUGUAGGAUUUGCAUCUGGCGGGCCAAGUAAUACCCACCCAUGGAUGGCACAUGAUAUCAACCGGGCUGGGGAGGAUUUUUACGAUGAGAGUAGAGAUUAUUAAAAGCAAAAGGAAGACAGGCCGAAUAGAAUUUUUCGCUUUGAAGAGACUUUGCUUGAAUGGCACCGUGCAGUGGUAUUGUGUACAUGUCUAUUCUUUAAGCAUCAAUCGUUCAUUCAUCUAUCUACGCUUGCUGAAUGCCAUAGUGACUACUUGCCACGUCCUCUUCUUACGC